UUACGUUAUUUCUUAUCUUAGUCUAAAUACGAUAUUAUAAUUUGUAGUUAAAUCAAAUUAAUAUUCAAAUUCUUGUAACCAAAAAAAUAAAUUAAUAUUCAAAUUCUGCCAAGCCGUCCUUAGCCGUUUGUGACAAUCCCCUUGCCCUGAAAUUAUAUGUGUAUAUAUACCCGUAUUCAAUCUCUUAUAUUAAGUAACAAAAUUAAACAAAGAAAGAGCAAUACUAGUACUUCAACUAUGGCUCUUUCUCGUGCUCUUUUCCUCUUUGCUUUCAUUGCUACUAUCUUCUCAACCAUGGCUGUGGCAAAAGAUUUUGUAGUUGGUGAUGAAAAGGGUUGGACUACUUUGUUUGAUUACCAAACUUGGACCGCAAACAAGGUCUUUCGUCUCGGGGACACACUCACAUUCAAUUAUGUUGGUGGCAAAGACAAUGUUGUGAGAGUGAAUGGAAGUGACUUCAAGAGUUGCUCAGUUCCUUUGACAGCACCUGUGUUAACCAGUGGGCAAGACAAAAUUAUAAUUACAACCUAUGGGAGAAGAUGGUACAUUUCAAGUGUUACCGAUCACUGCGAAAAUGGACAAAAGCUUUUCAUAACUGUGCAGCCAAAACAAGAUGGUUGGUCUCCAGUACCUUCACCUUCUCCAUCACCAUCACUUGACCUGGUGACACCUGAAGCACCGCCUUCGAAUGCACCAUGGCCUGCUAGUAGCGUUCCCCGUCGAUCCCUGCUGCCAAAGAAGCUUUUCCAAAUAUUUAACAGAGAUUGAUAGCUGUUUAAGAUUGGAUGUUAACCGAUCAUGUGUGAUGUUUCAAGGAGAGGCUGUUUUUUUCCCAGUUAGUUAUUACUAAUA